AUCUUCCUCUCGGUUCAUAAUCCCUGUCUCCGUCUUAGUAAGCAUCGACCGUGUAUUGUUGUUUGGUUGCCAAGAAAAAGAAGAAAGAAUCCGAGAAAAAUGUGGAAAAAGAGUAAUUACUUGAGAAUGAGGAGAGACGAAGAAUCAAGUUACUUGAUCGAUGCGGAUUUUAAAGAGCUGGGUUAUGCUGCCAAGAAGCUCGCAAAUCAUGCUAUCAAGCUUGGUAACUUGGGAUUCGGGACUUCGUUUCUUGAAUGGGUUGCUUCUUUCGCUGCUAUUUAUCUGUUGAUAUUGGAUCGGACAAACUGGAAAACAAACAUUCUCACACAAUUGUUGAUCCCUUACAUUUUCCUUAGCCUGCCUUCAAUCAUCUUUAGCUUAUUCAGGGGUGAGGUAGGGAAAUGGAUUGCUUUAGUCGCCAUCGUCCUACGCCUUUUCUUCCCCCGGCGCUUCCCUGAUUGGUUAGAAAUGCCAGCUGCUUUGAUUAUUCUACUAGUGGUGGCACCCAGUUUGUUUGCAAGCACCUUAAGGAGCAGCUGGGUUGGUGUGGCAAUAUGUCUUGCUAUUGCAUGUUAUUUGCUGCAAGAACACAUCAGAGCUUCUGGUGGUUUCAGGAAUUCAUUCACAAAGGCUCAUGGAAUAUCAAACACAGUAGGCAUAGUCCUCCUGUUGGUCUAUCCUGCUUGGGCACUAAUCAUCGACCUCCUGUGAUCACACCCUCUCAAGCUGUUGCAGAGUUCUAUAUUAUUCUGGUUAUGUAUUUAUUUUGUGUCAAUUAUGACUUGUUUCAUACUCUGAAUUGUUCCCAAUCUUGUGGUUUUUUUUUUUUAAUCAUGAAUUGCAUCUUCUUGUUUGUUUGGUGAGGAGUACUCUCAAGUAUGUAGAGUUUCAUUCAAUUAUGUACUGCUGCUACUGCUGUAAAUGAAAUAAAAAUCUUUGCAUUCA